AUGGCCCAAAACUUGGGCAUGCUGCAACCUGAAGCGCCCGGCUUAGCCACGCCCGUGACUAACACGAAUAACCUAUAUGAGCGGUUCCAGAGGCAUAGGCCGCCUACUUUUGCCGGCACCCACCGCCUAGAGGAAGCGGAAUACUGGCUCAACCGAGUCACCAAGUUACUACAGCCUCUCCACUGUUCUGAGGCAAAAAAUGUCGAGUUCGUCUCAUAUCUCUUUGAGAAAGAGGCGGACCUAUGGUGGGAGAGUGUCCUCCGACCUAUUCCCAAGAACCACAUAUGGACAUGGGAGGCAUUCGAGGCCCGCUUUAAUGAAAAGUAUAUCCCUCAAUUGUAUCAGCAUAAGAGGGAGAAUGAAUUUCUCUGCCUCCAACAAGGGGGGAUGAGCGUGGCCCAAUAUGAGAACCACUUUACGGAACUCUCCCGCUACGCUUCUGAAAUGAUCGCCAAUGAAGCGAUCAAGAUGAGACGGUUCACGACAGGGUUGAGGAGCGGUAUUCGCUCCAAGAUGUGUUGUGCGAGCAUCAGGACAUAUGCGGAGCUUGUCGAGAUGUCCAUAAGGGCGGAGCAGGAUGAGGAGCGAGUCGCCCGAAACAGUUCACAGUUAGGGCCACGAAAAGGGUGGAGGGACCGUCCUCCACUUUUGCAGGAAAAAGGGCGCGCCCUAGCUCACCACCCCGACUAG